GCACCUGCCAAACGGUUACGGGCUAGGACCGACUCUGCCUACAAAUUCUGUUCAAAAUUUCUAUGGCUUCCACCAUUUCUUUCCUUUCCACAACACCAUUUCUUCCACAGCCGGUUCCCAACCUCAAGCCCUGAACACCUGUUUCUGAGCUCUGUGAUAGUUUUUCCUUGUCUCUACCCAUUUCUUCUAUUCGGGAACAUACCCGCUACCCUGUCACAAGUGUUGUUUCCCCGGCGAGCGAGAAGAAACAUGCCCGGUGCUCGUCAAGGUCCAAAGCGCAAGGCGAAACCUGCCACGCCUGGCAACGAAAAGCCGGCGCGAGGCGAGAAGAAGAAGGAGUUGGCCACUCCGAUUGAGGUCCCUGACGACGAUGAAGAGCAAGACAUCAUCGACCUCACCCCGUUCAAUGAUUCGGUCCAUGCUAGCAGCAUGGCUCUCCAGCGGGAGAUUAGCGACGCCAACACCGUUUACGACACGCGCAACCAUUGGGAACGUGGUGAGGUGAUGUUCACGCGCUUUGACACCCUAGAAGACAUCUUCGGGGAGAUAGAACAGCCGCUCAUGAGACUUGAGCCUGUCACCGGGGAUAUAACCUGGAAGCUAACUGAAGGGGUCUCUAUUAAGACACCCCACGCGACAGUCAGACAAGUCCGGAACUCCCCUCAUCUCCCGGAAGCCCUCUUCGAUUUUCGGUUGCAACAGUGGUGUGACGACAACCGAUAUAACGGGGAAACGAUCCGAGCUGACAACUGGAAGCGUUUCGUCUGGACCGACGAAGAACUCCAGGGCGGUGGCGUACGAAUUCCACGCCUCGAGGUGGUGUAUGCCUUUAUCAAGAGGGAGGAACAACGUCAAGGCUUCGCAUAUACUGUGCUCGCUGGAACAGACAUCGACGUUGACAAAGAGGAAGCCAUGGCGUACAUUGGAGCAAACCACCAGUACAUCACAGUCGGUGCUUAUAUCCACGAGUACCACGCUUUCAUUAACCCGUACGGUGGGCACUCCGGACGAUGGAAGGACCAGAACGUGAGCGAGGACAUUGGGGGCCAUUACCCGGUCACCUUUUCGCUCGGAGCGGUCAGCGGAGAGUGGCGAGAAUUGGAGGCCCGCGAUUACGAGCUGUUCAAGCGCCUGCCCAACCAGGAGAAAGUAGAGAAGCGACGGACCUGGAGCACCCCCCUACAGCUAGUGCGGAAGGCAGUUGACAAGGCUAUCGCGAGAUUUUCCUCGACUCCACGUUUUUCAUUAGCCCAGCCUGUCCAAGCCUCGGCGACAGAGAUGCGGCAAUUUAAGACAAGUCAAUUCAAGCCGAUCCGUGACAACACGCCUACACCGGUCACACCGCUCGGAAAGAACGUCAUUCCGGAAAGCCCCAAAGCCGGCCCGGCUACACAGGCCGAUGAACCCUCCAUCGAAGCAAACAUAGGCGACGACGUCUAUGACGAUAUCCUAAGCCUCGCCUUCCACGAUGCCGACCUCUCUGACCUUGAGCCUGAAUCAGGUGACGACCUUACAGCCGAAGCCGAGCCUGAGCCCGAAACCGAGCCUGCCACCAAAGAGACAGAAGACUUUGAGGCUAAAAUGGGUAGACCCGUGGUGCCUUACGAGGACCUCGCGGGGACCAUUUACGACCCGUCCAAGUCGGAUAAGAUGGUGCAGAGUGGCGCACUCCAGGUCAUUCCCGACAUGCCCCGGGUGCACAAGAACGUCAUCGCGCCCAUCGAGAUAUCGCUCGCCCGUGCGAGGUGGGAGUGCCGCCACCUCGAAGACAGAUCCAUCCUCUGGAGAAUCGCCGCCUACGUCAAGCAGUUCAAUGAGGGUGUCUCCAAGGACCCGAAAGGAACCUGGGGACAUAAUGCCGCUGCCCGCCGACUCCAGGGUCGGCUUAAGAGAACGCUCGUCCAGAAGGUCGAGACCGGCGUUGUGCAAGGCCUGCCUGACCCGGCAGAGAUCCUCGCCUACCGAUACUGCUCUCCGAACGGCACUAACAGCGGUGUCAUCGAUACAUACCUCGCGGAACUCGGAAUCCUCCACUACGGCCAAAUCAACCAUGCUGCCCCGGUUGGAGCUGAGGACGUCGAUCACGCCAAGCAGGCGCGCGAGCUGGAGGAGCUACAUGCGCAAGUUGCUCAACUUAAUGAAGCCGUCGCCCAGAGGGCCACCCAGGAUGAAGUGCUCACGGCCCUUAACGCAGUGGCUGACAGGCAGGAUCGGGGCAACGUGGAAGCCCUGGAUCGCCACGAUGCGCUCAAGAAGGAAGUGGAGCGCUUGGUCAACGCCGAAAAGGACCGGGAAGCCAAGAUCGCCGAACUCGUCAUCAAGGUUACGGCACUGCAGAAGGAGCUGAAGGACGUCAAGACCCAGCAGAAGGAAAUGAAGGAGGCCAAGACCUCGCGCCCCCCGGCAACUCCUGCAGCCAGGCGAAUCGCAGCCAGCCAGCCCGUCGCCGCGGCUAACCAGGACCCCCAGUCUACGGCCACCAGAAAGAGACAGCGUGAGGCGGAGACUCCAACCACAGGCACGCGCGCCACUAGGGGAGAAACGGGAGCGAAUGCUGCUGCCGAGGAUGAGCGGCCUGCCACGCGGGCGCGCACGAUGCCUGCGCCGGCGCCCCCGCGCACGAACAUCAUUGACUGGGCGGCAUAGAUCGGACAGAAGAAGUAAUGGGAGACAAGGACUCGGAACAAUCGGGCACGGAGUUCACGGAGGGAUAACUGUAUGUGUAUGUUAUUCAGUAACGACGAGGACGUCGUCUUUUUCCAUCCGCAUAGGCGGAGAGCUCGUCAUGGUGUAUUCGGCUCGACCCACUGGGUCGCUCUCCCAUGGCUUGGUCUCCGUCACCGUGCGCCAGCACGCGCUCCUUACACCUCGCUUAUGUAUCUAAGGUCUCAGCUCUUCCCAGCUCUCUGAGCCCCGGGGAGAUCAUCGAAUCCUAUGCUGUCUGACCAUA